AUGUAUAAUGCGGAUUACGACCAAAAAAUGUUGGCACUACUCGACAGCCCCACGUACCAAAUACUUACCAAAGAUCCAACCACCACGUACCAGAGAAAAAAUAAUGCAAUAGUUUCCCGCUUGCUCAACUUAAAACUUAUCGAUCAGAGCACCGCCAAAAGAUUACAAACAACCACAGCAGUAUGCCCAUCGAUUUAUGGACAACCUAAAGCCCACAAGCCACAACUUCCGCUUAGACCCGUAGUACCGACUAUAACAUCGCCAACAUACAGCCUAUCGAAGUUUAUUGCAAACAUCCUUUCCAAAAGCAUGAAAAGCAAAUACAACAUCAUCGACAGUUUCGAUUUCGUCCAGUACAUAAACAAAAUAACCCUUCCGACCAACUACGUAUUGGUUUCUUUCGACGUAGUAUCGUUGUUCACAAACAUUCCUAAGGAUUUGGUUAUGCACGACAUAAUCAUGAGUUGGGACACUAUACGCAGCAACACCAAUAUCAAUCUCGAUCUGUUCCUGGAAAUCAUAGGGUUUUGCAUCGACACCAGUUACUUCCGAUUUCGUGACAAAAUUUACCUCCAAACAUUCGGAACCGCAAUGGGAAGUUGUUUAUCUCCCAUUCUAGCCGAAUUCGUAUUAGAAACCCUACUAAAUACUGUUACUAGAAACCUACAAUACAAUAUUCCAGUGCUCAAAAAGUAUGUUGACGACCUCAUACUUGCAUUACCAGAGGACGAAGUUGAUAACACUCUAGCGGCAUUCAACAACUACAACCCCCACAUACAGUUUACAAAAGAAACAGAGCUCGAAAACCGCCUCCCGUUUUUGGAUACACUAGUAAUCCGGAAUGAAAACCAAAGCAUCACUACUCAAUGGUAUUCCAAAAGUAUCGCCUCCGGCCGGCUACUCAACUACCACUCGUUCCACCCUAUGCACAUGAAAAUCAAUGUUGCAACCAAUUUCAUCAAUCGUGUCAUCAAGAUCACCACCAACAAAUCAUCCGAUCAGCAAAAACAUGUCAUCUUUCAACAUCUACGCCAGAAUAAUUAUCCGACAGCAUUGAUCAACAGACUGCUAAACCGUAUUCAAAAUCGCAUCGAAACUCCUCAGCCAGAACCACCACCGCUCCAAUCCGAUGAAGCUGCCGGUACAGAAGUCGAACAGCAUAUCCCAUCACAGCUAACCAGUCCAGCCAAAAACAAUACACGUAUCGCGCAAUUCCGUAUAUUCCUCAACUCAGCACAGGAAUAA